AUUCUGACGAAUUGUGCUACCCAAGUGUAUAUUUAGUUAAAAGCACCAUAUUUGAAAAUGCUCCCAACAGAGUAUUUGGGAUUAGAACGUUUUUUGUUUUUUUCAUAGUUUAAUUAAUACUUAAUAUUAUUAACUACUAUUUACACAUUAGUAUCUAAAACACAUGAAAUCAUAUAAAAAACAUUUGGUCCGCGCAUGCGCACUGGUGGUAAGAAGCACAUAUUGACGUGUAGCACAACCCGACAGACCACCGGCUCUGGCUGAGCUUCGGGGUCCACAGCUGGAAUGAUUUUGGGGCUUUGUUCUCCCACACCGCUGGAGGUACAGGGUCAGCUGAACUACUGAAGAAAUGAAUGUUUUCCCAGUCUUCUCCUGAAAUUUAUCACGACAACCACCCAGGAUAUUUCGCAAAGGUCAAUGUUAAAUUGCUAAAAGCUCAAGACAUCUAGAAGAAUCUCCAAUACAUGCAAAAGUAGUUUGCUACACCACUUAAACAAAUGAAUCCAAGUCCAGGCAUGGAAGAAUUUUACCACACUGGGCAGAGUUUUACUACAGAGAGUACUCUCGAACUACACCAGCACAUCCACACAGGAGAGAAACCAUAUCACUGCUCAGAAUGUGGGAAGAGUUUUACUACACAGAAUCAUCUCAACGUACACCAACGCAUUCACACAGGGGAAAAACCACAUCACUGCUCAGACUGUGGGAGGAGCUUUACUCAACAGAGUCAUUUCAAACUACACCAGCGCAUUCACACUGGAGAGAAACCGUAUCAAUGCUCAGAGUGUGGGAAGAGAUUUAUUCAAAUGGGUACUCUCCAAACACACUAUCGUGUUCAUACGGGGGAAAAACCAUAUCACUGCUCAGACUGUGGGAAGAGCUUUACUACACAGGGUAAUCUCAAUCAACACAGACACGUUCACACAGGAGAGAAACCAUAUUACUGCUCAGACUGUGGGAAGAGCUUUAUAACACUGAGUGAGCUGACAAAACACCAGCACAUUCACACAGGAGAGAAACCGUAUCAAUGCUUAGAGUGUGGGAAGAGCUUUACUUCACAGGGUAAUCUCAAACUGCACCAGCGCAUUCACACAGGAGAGAAACCGUAUCCCUGCUUGGACUGUGAGAAGAGUUUUGCUACACACAGUCACCUCAAAAGGCACCAGCUUGUUCACACAGGGGAGAAGCCGUAUCAGUGCCCAGAGUGUGGGAGCAGAUUUACUACACAGAGUAAUCUCAAACUACACCAGCACGUUCACACAGGAGAAAAAACGCAUCACUGCUCAGACUGUGGGAGGAGCUUUCAUCGACCGAGUCAUCUCAAAAGACACCAGCGCAUUCACACAGGAGAAAAACCAUAUUACUGCUCAGAAUGUGGGAACAGUUUUAAUCAACUGGGUCAUCUUAAAAUACACCAGCUCAUUCACACAGGGGAGAAACCGUAUCACUGCUCAGACUGUGAGAAGAGUUUUAAUCAACUCAGUAUUCUCAAACAGCACCAGCGCGUUCACACAGGGGAGAAACCGUAUCACUGCUUAGAGUGUGAGAAGUGUUUUACUACACAGAGUGAUCUCAAAAAACACCAACGCAUUCACACAGGAGAGAAACCGUAUCACUGCCCAGACUGUGGGAGAAAUUUCAGGUAUUCUGUUGUAUUAAGGAAACACAAAUGCACGAAGAGCAUUCAAUAUAUUAGCAAUAACACUCCACAACCCAACACAGAUCCUGAAGGAGAAGUUGAAGACCACACCUCGCCAAACAAUCCUGAUAUUGAUUGUUUAACAAAUGUAUACCUUUAAGGGUUAUAAUUUAACUAGAGUGCACAGUUCCUGCAGAAACUGCGGGUGUGAUUGCAGCUGAUUUGUGGACGGUGCUGCUAAAGUGUUGCGAAGUGUUUGCCUACUGCAGUCACACUAAUAAGACUUAAGAAGAACUGUACUUAUAAUCUAUGAUCAAAUAAAAUGUCUUCUCAGUCUUUUUUCUGUACAAACAGGUCCACACAAUUAAUGAGCAGCUAAUGCUUGUACUUCACUCUAAUUCCUUAGUUCAUGUAUUUAUAUUAGUGAACAUGUCAGACGAAGUAGAAUAAAAAGUCCUUUUGUCGCUGAUUGCGAACAAGGGAGUAAAAUGAUUCAUUAUGCUGUUGUGUGUCAGUACACUGUAAGAAUUUUUUCAGUUAAUGGUUUGAUGCCAGAUUAAAAUGUUUUAAAUUUGCUAUACUGAGUAUAUAUACAUUUCAGCAGUACACAUUGCUGCUUACACAUUACUGUUUAUGGGAGCCUGAUUGCAAGAAAACAGACAGAAUUUAUAUGAAUUUCUUUUUAAGUAAUGUCAUUGCAAUCCCAUAAGGUACAAAACAGCUAUUAUGGAUUACAUUCAAGAUACAGAUAUUACAUGUACAUUUCUAAAGCCACAGAAAUUGUGUAUAGCUCACGUUUGUUGAAAUUUUAACACAGAAUCAGCACUGAUGUGGACACUGACGUUGCUGUCAUAUAAUUGUAAAAAUACUUUUAAAGGUUUCUAAGAGUUAAUAAAAAUAUAUUAUGAAUAAUAA